AUGAUAGAACGAGGAACGAUCGCACCGAAUUUUCACCUGAGGUUGAGUCUAACAAUUGUCUACUUUCUGGGCACGUGGCCGCCAGUCACAGGCAAGUUCCGGUUACCGUAUCUACUUUACACCAUCUGUAGCUUCAUUUUCAUCCUGGGUAUCUUGCUCUCCGCCGAAAUAGCGAAUGUUCUCACGAAUUGGGGAGAUAUGUCAAAACUCACCGCAGUUGUGACCUUGCUAAUGACGAAUUGCACCCAUGCUUCAAAGGUGGCCGUUCUUCUUCGUCGUCAGGCGCGAAUCCAGACACUCCUGGACACAGCCGAUAGUGCUGCAUUUAGUCGCUAUGACAAAGAAUAUGAAGAUUUACUUAUAAACUACACGUGGAAGGGCAUCUUUCAUCAUGCGAUUUAUCAAAGCUUCGGCGGAAUUGCGGUGUUUUGUUGGGGUUUUACUCCAAUCGCUGAUUUCGUCGCUGGUCGUUCACGCCAACUACCCAUGGAGGGAUGGUACCCUUAUAAUACGACAGCAACGCCAGCUUUCGAGAUUACCGCGGCACAUCAGGGUAUCGCUAUUAUAAUUGCUUGCUUUCAUAACGUGGCGAUGGAUACACUGAUGACGGGCUUGAUCACGGUCGCUUGUUGUCAGUUGGCAAUUCUAGAGCGCAACAUUAUCUCGAUUGACAACAAGGCAAGCAUUCGUGGGAUGCAGAAUGAUAAGCCACUCGAAAGGAAUACUUUAGCUUAUCAACUACUCAAGCGAUGCGCUAUGCACAGCAAUAUGAUAUUUCAGUACUUUCUAUAUAAAGAUUAUGUGUUUUGCGGAUUUUCUCCGUAUCCAGAUUCAUUCUUGAAAUGCCAACAUUGCGUGCAGUCCACUUCAUCAGGACGAAUUGACCAUUCUCCCGGUUUCUCCAAUGUAUACUUGCAGGAACAAGGUAUUUUGUAUACUCCUGCGGAACUGAGUGGAGGUCUUUGA